AUGCCUCUCAUCAAUACAACCUCCGUUGCGGCCGUCGUCCUGCUACUAUACCUGUCCUCUUUCGUCCUCCUGGCGAUCCUGCGCAUUGCGACCGGCAUCUCCAUACAAAGAGUGGGCUAUUUCAGUCUGAGACACAUAUCCUACACUCCAAAAGAAGGACUGAGAGUGGACCUGCGCAGCCUGAGGUUGAGUCUGCACAGACCUACCUUCGCUCGGCCGUCAUGCAUAAGUCUGGUUUUCGAAGACUUAAAGGUCACCCUGGACCCGGAGGUCUACGAGAGCUCACCCUCGAAGAAGCCGAGAAGCUCAAGCGGAGCCCGCGGGCAGCCCGAGGCGAGCAAGGAUGAGCGCGAAGGAGGCAACCCUCGUUCGGGCGAAAGAAGCAAGCUAUGGAAGCGGUUGACCAAUAUCAAAGAACGCAUUAAACGCAUACACCGUCAAAUCCACAUUUUACGCAUGUUCGAAAUCAGCGCCUUCAACACCACUGCUGAGGUCGUGGGCGUUGGAUAUGUCCAGGCGUCCACCCUGACAAUAGCUGUCCAUACAAGGCGGAAACUCCUGGACCGUGGCCGAUUAUUCAGGCAUAAGAAGGAUCCCCUUGGUGGGCAGCAGCCAGUGGAAUGGGUCCUCUCAGUAAGAAGCAUAUUGAUGGGAGUGGGUGGCCGUGACCCGACCGAGAUUCUGGACGCGAUGUCGAUCAAUGUGCAUGGACUUCUAUACAGGGAACGAGAAGGGCUACGCGACACUUCAAUCGCCAUCAAAGCAGGCCGUCUUUAUGUCCCGGUCGACGAGUUGCUUCAGUUCUCAAGUCGGAGCAAAAAGAUUGCUCAAACGGCGCGACAGCCUUUUGGCCAUGGUCCCGCGGAAGAAGUCUCCUUCGAAGAUGUGGUGCAGGAGUUGGAUAAUCCGGGGAGUCGGGAAGCGUCCAUCGUCCAGUCUGUCGCUGAUUCCAAAGAGUUCUUCAGCUCGAUCCUCCAAAGCGUACAAGAAAUUCAACUCGGAAUGAGUUUCGUCCGGAUAUCGAAGGAGGUCGAAUCGUUGAGGCAGGCCAACUUACCCUUGAUCGCCAACAUGGUCAUCCACGAAAUCGGCAUUGACCUCCACCGUCUCGAUCAGAACGCUCCAGUCCAUCGCAUGUAUUUCUCAAAGGAAGACAUCGCCCACCAAGCCUUGCUUGCUGCCGUCUCAAUCUCCGUCAGUCUGGAUGAGGAUGAUUUUUCGCCCACCAAACUCAUGUACAUACCGAUGGCCACCACGACCAUUAGGACUACUUUCCCCGCGAAGACAAUGAGCCUCUCUCAUGACCGAGAUGUUGCCGAGAGGAACACGAAUAUUCUAUUCGCCAAUUUUGUUGUCACCUCCCCUUCUCUAGAUCUGGUACCGCAACACCUGAUUAGACUGCUGGCACUCAUCCAGUCUCGCCCCUCCCAGUCCGACGAGCGUCAGCACAAUCGACACCGGCUCAUUUCGCGUUUGCUUCCUAAAGCAAGUAUCAAAUUCUCUAUACACGAGCCAGUCGUGAGGUUUGUUUUGCCUGUCGCGGACCCCGCCAAGGCGGCGCCGGGCGAGUACGACAUGAUCAUAAGUUCGAUAUCUUCCAUCUCGCUGGAUAUCGAAUCUUCCCAUUCCGCGGGCGGUGUACUUUUAUAUUCUCUGGCCUCGAACUUCCGCGUGAUGUCACAUCAGCUCUAUUAUCAGGCCUCCACGGGCGUCAAACACAAUAUUCUCCUGACUGACACCUUGGAGCUGAAGAUCCAGGUUACUGCCUCGACCGACAUAUCCGUCAGUAUAGCUGGAAAUCUCCGCACAUUCUCCGUUUUGAUGGUCCGAGAAGAAGUGAGCAGGGCCAUCUACAACAUAGUCAAGCAUUUCAAGCGUCAUACUCCUGUCGCGGGUGGCUCUAGACCUGUGUCCACGGUGUUCCUACGACGGCUCCCAUCCUGGCUUGUCGAUAUCCAACUUGAAGGUACUGGCUGGAGUGUCGAAGCUGCUGGCGUGGAUUCGGCCAUUUCCAGCCAGACUCGAGGGCUUGCAUUGGAACUUGAGUCCUGGACUGCCCACUACACUUCGAACGCAGAGAUAGCGCGAAAGACUCCUGCGAGGAGAAAAAUGAGCACCUCCGUCCGUUACGAGGAUGCAUUCUCGGCGGAUAAUCUCCAUUCGCCGCCUGCAUCACCUCCACCACCUCCACGGCGCCAUCAUUCUGACCCCACGGAUGGGCGCCGACUUUCUCUCCAUCUGAAGGGAGUGGAAGGCUUCAUUAUCGAGGCACUUGACCGAUGGGAGCCGGACCCUUUCAUGACUGUCCCAAGGCUUGAGGUUGCUUUCAGCACAUCUCGAGACCAGCAAGGAGCACUCUUCCAUGUGCACUCUGCAAUUCGUGCCUUCUAUCUGCAGUUCUCCUUGUAUCACUUCUAUUCCCUGGGCGUUGCCGGCUCGAUCAUCCAGGACUCUUUCCUUGGUCCUGCAUCUGGCAAAGUCGAUCUCCGACGUAAUACGCCUCAUCCGCCUGAUGAAGAGAUCAUCCAGGAACCGCGUGUUGCCGCGCAGUCAGGACUGGACCUGUUCGUCAUUGAUGUAAAGGCCAGCUAUGUCCAAGUGAAAGCCAAGAUGCCCGCCGAUCCUCCCAUGCUGCUGCAGAUCUACCAGGUCUCUGCUGGCCGGCAUAGAUGGUCGGCGCCUUUUCUCAGAGCUCAGCUUGUUCGGCUCCAUGCCGAGCCACCCCGCCUCAAGGGUGUCUGGGCCCGGAUUGUCGGCGCGAGUAACGUACGUCUCGACCUGCGUCACGCGAAGAGGAGAAUGCCAGCAGGGACAGUGGAAGAGAGAUCAUUUGAUAUCUCCACCGAUUUUAUUCGCGUAGCCGUUCCCCACGGUAUGCAGAUGUACAGAGUGUUUGACAACUUCAUCAAUGCUGCGAAAGCUAUUGCCCAGUUACAUCACCGUUUCAGGACACGGACAAAUGAGUACAUCUUGGCGAAGGAACCGGUCGGCCCCAAAAAGGUGCCUCGAGUCUCGCUCCGAUCCAAAGCCCUUUCUUUCGAGCUCGAAGACGACCCCUUUGAGUGGAAACUCGGUGUUAUCUACCGCGUCGGUCGCAUCGAACAGAAACAGCGGCUUGCUCGUGCCGAUGCAUUCCAUCUAAAGGUCAAACGGAUGAAAGACGAACGGCGGCCACGGUCAACCUCUCGCUACCGGGCCAGUUCAAGUCGACGAGGCUCUCCUGGCACCAGUCCUGGCCCCCGAUCUCGAAGGUCAAGAAGUCUUGAUAGCACUCCUCGAGAACGAUCCACUUCGAGAGGCAGACGGGGCAAGGUGUCGUCUAACAUUCGGUAUGACAGAGAAGGGGUCUGCGCGUUGAGCACCAGUGCCAAAAUCCAAGCAGAUGAGGCAUGGGAAAAGCUCCAGGAGCAUAAUGCAAGAAGCUGGAAAAGGCGAAUCGAUUGGAUGCUUCACAUGCAAAAUAACACUAUCCAAAAGAUUCGUCAGAUGUUCUCAGGAGCCGAUGAACCACCUCAUGACAGCGCAGAAGACGAGACCGUUCUUGCCAUUCCCAAUCGCCCCGGGCUGAUGACUGUGAUAAUCAGUGAUCUACAUCUCUUGAUUGAUAAGCCUUCGUUUCCGGAGUCCGACUUGCCUAAAUUCCUCCACACAAUCGGAAAGGGGAUGCCAUACGAUACCCUUUAUGCGCUGUUGAUUCCUGUCAACGUUACUUUGGACAUGGGCGAAGCCAGAGUAUUGCUUAGAGACUACCCACUCAACCUUCUCCAUAUUCCCGCCAUCCGCCCCGGCCAGCCUCCACGACUACCCAGUUGGUCUCUGAAAAUGGACUUUGUCAUUGCUGAGGAAUUCCGAGACGAGGAAUCUAUGCGGCACAUCAAUGUUGAAAUUGUUCCGAAAGGGCAGCGCGGACCGAAGGGCGAGGAGAUUCCUCGCUUCGCCAUCGAUGUAAGAAGGACGGUGACACCUGUCAAGACAUAUUCAAACCCUGUGGUAGACAUCAACACGAGCCAGUCGACCACUAUCUCCUGGGGCACCUCAUAUCAGCCCGUCAUACAAGACAUGAUGAUGAUCAUCGAGGGUUUCACCAAGCCUGAGAUAGACCCGUCCGAGAGAGUGGGCUUCUGGGACAAAAUCCGACUGAGCUUUCAUUCACGUUUGACCGUGAAUUGGAAAGGAGAUGGAGACGUCCAACUGCGUCUGAAAGGCUCCAGGGACCCUUACGUCGUAACGGGCUACGGAGCUGGGUUCGUGAUGUGUUGGCGCAGCGAUGUACAGUGGUCCAUUCAUUCCGUGGAUGAUCCUCGCAAGUUCAUGACCGUCAGAAGCGGCGAAUACGUGUUGGCCAUCCCAGAUUACAGCCACGAAGCGCGCAAUUCGUCUGAUCAAAAGGCGAGUCAAGAUUCGGACAGUCUGUCCAGCAGCAGUUCCCGGAAGAAUGCUGCUCUAUUCAAGAAGGUGAUCAUGAAGGUAUCUGGCAACGUCCAAUGGACCGCCGGGCUAGUCUUCGAAAGGCUCUCGGAAGACGGGGUGCGUACACCACACUUCAAGCAUCAUUACGACGUGGUCCUCAAGAAUCCAGAACAGAUGCACAACUUGGAUCUGAAGACCUAUGAUGCGUUCCGCGGCUUCCGAAGCAAUCAUAUUCAUCUGUCGGUGGCUCUGGCUGCGCCUUUCGACAGAGACUGGGUUGGGCCGGAUUCUGCUCCUUCAGAGAGCUACAAUAGCGUCCAUUUAAGCCCCCGGUUUUUCUCCCACUUCUUCAGCUGGUGGUCAACAUUCUCAGGCGUCAUGUCUUUGCCCAUUCGACAAGGCCGGCUAUGGAGAGGCCCAGACAAAUCCAGCAAGAAAUUCGGGCGUCAUCUGGCGACCAUCAAGUACGGACUGCUUCUCUCACCACUAUUUAUCGCUCAUGUGUACAAGCACAAGGACGCCGAGGACUAUCAAGAUGACGUCGUUUGUGCCACUGGGCUGAAGAUCAAGAUUGACAGCUUCAUGCUUGAUCUCCACCAGCGUCGGGAAUAUUUCGACACCCUUUCGAAGGGAAAGUCGGAACAAAUGAGAACGAGUGCCAUGAAGAUCAAUAGAGCAGAACUUGAUUUCAUUCGUGCCGACCUGAGGGCUGUGGCAGCAAGCAUAGCUGGAACCACUGCCGAGGAUCUCCAGAAGGCGACGGAUGAGAUCAUGUCCUCAUUGCAAGACGUGCCUGAAAAUGUCGACAUGUCACGGUUCACAAUCCCCGACCGAGACUUUACCUGGAUCGACAUGGACGACUUCGUAGAGUUGGACUGGGUUCUCCCGGCAGACCCGAACCCAGAGACCAGCAUUCUGCCCCUAGCGUUCACUCCCCGCUUCACGUAUUUCCGGCAAACGGACCAUGGUGUUGGCAUUCAAGGAGACGAGUCUCGCACGAGCCCCUUCGGAGACGAAAACACCCAUUUCUGUAUCAUGUCGCGUCACAACGACCCUCGAAAGGUACAGAUGGAUUUGAUCGAGACCAGGCUUCAUGAUCUGGAAGAAAAGCUCCAGAUUCAUCUCAGACGGAUGGAAGAGCAUGAACUGCUUGUGGUCCGUGAUGGGGACCAUGAUCGAUCCCUCAAAGUCAAACAUAGCACGCUGCUGGCACAACAUAAGGAGCUGGAGAGCAAACGCAAAUUCUUGCAGCAUGGGCUCCGACGUCUUGCGGGACAUGGUAAUCCGGGAGAAGCUCAACCACAGGAGCCUACUGGCCGCCGCGGGAGUGAAGCCCAAUCAGCGGCGGAGCUCGAUGCUCAAGUCAACGCACCGUCUCAUGUCGACAUGGAUGCGCUGUACUCUGCUCCGCACGAUGAGUUUGCCAGUGAUUUCAAUAACCGGUUCAUCAUCCACAAUGCCCAGUUCAAGUGGAACAAUUCGCUACGGAACAUCAUUCUUCGGUAUAGUCAUCAAGUCAGUCAACGUCGCGGCUUUGUUUACUACAUGUCUCGCCGUGCGGUCAAGUUCAUCAUCGACAUAGUGGAUGAACAGGCGAAGGCAAAAGAACUCCGUCGUAGACAAGAGGGAAACCCAGACAUGCAAGUCCCGGGAACGCCGAGUGUCUUUUCGCCCACGGAAGAGAAAGAUGACGAAUUUGUGGUUGAGGACAGAAUUCAGCAGCUUCUCAAUGACGCGAAAAGGUUUGUCCAGGCUGGCGACGAAAAGACAAACGAGGAAGCGGCUGCAACGCAUGAAGAAGACAGCACCAGCGACAUCCCAGACCGGAGACCAUCCACGGUCGACCUGGGCGACAACAUAGCAGAGAACUUCCAGGCGAUGAAUAGCUAUCAUCUUCGUCUCAUUGCCCCGCAGAUCCAGUUACAGAGCGAGAAGAAUACCAAGUCUAUCGUUCUUAUAGCCACGAAGGGGAUGCAACUCAAGGUUGUUUCCAUUAUGGACAAGGCUCGAUUAUCGGACGACGUGAGCGGACUGGUACAGCGGCGUUUUGCCCUUGAUAUGGAUGGCGCCCAAUUCUUUGUGGCCAGUCAAAAGACCCUUGCACAAUAUCUGCAUCUGUACUCGGGCAAUCGCUAUGGAAACACGCCGGGCUCGUCAUGGCCUCCAUGGGUGUCCCUCGAGGCCAUGUUUGACUUUCAGUUGGAGCCCUUUGGAUUCCAAAGGGUCAUUCAGAAGACUUCGGCAAGCCUGCGAUAUCAAAAGUACAAUCCCCAUCGUUUGAAGUACAACGAAGAAGUGGAGAGUGACGAGACCGGCGAGGGCAAGCACCCCUCGACCGCUGGGGAGAAUCGUAUCGAUCAUCUUUGGGUCGACUUUCCCCGCGUCCGCGCCCGUUGUGACUCCACGCAGUACUACACCAUGUACAUCAUCGUCCUGGAUCUCCUUCUGUACAGUGAGCCAUUGGAGAAGACAAGAAGUGAGCGACUGGAAAAGAUCAUGCUGGCAUCCGACUUUAGUGAUUUGAGGGGUGCUCCCGAGAUGGCGGAGAGGUUGCAAGAGCGAAUAAGGCAGCUCGAAGAAAUCAAGCUCCAUUUCCAGAUCAAUGCCAAAUACCUUGACAAGCAAGGAUGGCAGGACCGCAUCAACCUGGAGAAGGACCUGGCAAAUUGUGAAGAUGAGUUGUUCUUCCUCAUGAAAGCCAUCAAUACAUCCCAACAGAGGAAUGACGACCGAAAAUCCUCUCAAUCAAGUGCGAUGCUUAGGUGGUACCUGAGCGCCUCUGAGAUUGUGUGGCAUCUCAUGCUGGAGAAAGACGAGCCGUUGCUCGAAGUCCAGCUCGGAAAUGCCGCAUAUGAGCGUGUUGACAACAGCGAUGGUUCUAACCACAAUGCCAUGGAAAUCGAGCAUAUCCGAGGCUGGAAUCUCCUUCCCAACGCAAUAUAUCCCGAGAUCAUCGGACCAUAUUUUGAGUCUGGAGACCGAAGUGGCUGCCUUCCUGAAGGAGCCAAAAUGCUUCGAGUCCAUUGGUACAUGUUGGAAGCCAUUGCUGGAAUACCGGUACUGGAGCAGUUCCAUGUCACAGUCUUCCCGCUCAAGGUGCAACUGGAGCGAGAACUGGGCAAGAGGCUAUUUGAGUACAUCUUCCCCGGUGUUGGUUCUAAUGCUUUCGAACAUGGGGGCUUCUCUCCCCUGAUGGUGAAGAAUAUGGCGCCUUUGGAUGAGCGCGAUGACGAAGAACUGGAAAGGGCACAACAUGAACUCAUGAAUGAAACGGAUCGCCCGGGCUCCAACUCAGCCACCCAACGCGGAACAUCACCAGGCGCCAUAGCCCGAAGACUCAGGCCGACCUAUCAUCUGAACUACAACAACAACAACAACAAAGAUGGCCCAGCAUCAACGACCCAAGGAAGAAGAGGACUAGGACUGGCGGGUGAUCAUAGGUUCUUCCUGCAUUUCAACUCCUCGAAUGCACGAACUGUGCAGAAGGGGCCGACCCACAAAGCCUCGGCUAGCAGUCUGAGAUCGAAGAAGAACACCAACGCCUCAUCCACCAGUCUCGUGACUGUGGGCGCUGCCGAGGAAAAGAAACGCAAUCUGCUACGCCGCACGACAAGUAAAGAACGCACUCUGGCCAGGAAGGACAAGGACAAGGACAAGAAGGAAAAGCCAUCCGACGAUCUGUCCCAAAUGAUAUCCCGAGCAUCCAACUACAUGACCCUGGCGCAUGUCAAGCUGGAUAGUUUCGUCAUCUGUCUCAGCUACAAGGGCAAAGGAGAACGCAACUUUGAAGACCUCAACGACUUUGUCUUCCGCAUGCCGACCCUGGAAUACCGCAACAAGACAUGGUCCAACCUGGACCUUGCAUUACGGCUCAAGAAAGAUGUCAUCCGCGCUCUGAUAUCCCACGCCGGCGCCAUCAUCGGCAACAAACUGUCCCACCAUCGCCCGAGCAAGCGACAGGUCGAGAGACUCAAGGAGAUCGCCCAUUUGUCAACGAUCCCAAGCUCCGAGUUCAGCCUGCAUCUGUCCGAGAAUUCCGACACCACGAGUCUCUACAGCUUCUCGCAAGACGGGCGCGAUGACGACUUUGAGGCUUCGGGCAUCUCCUUCCAAUCGCCGACCGUCGCCAUCAACGGGCACAAAACGGGACCUUUCACAGGCCCUUCACCCCUCCUGCGCAGCGGAUCAUGGCAUUCGAGCAGUAUCAACCUCGCGGGAGGUCCUGGUGGCUCCGGACUAUUGGUGCCGAUGCCUCCUGUUCCUCGGACGUCCGGAAGUCUUUCGGCGGGUGGUAGUGCAACAUCCAACCACAAGCACAAUCACAAGCUCAAGGGUAAAGACAAAGACAAAGACAAAGACAAGAAAGAUGAUCCUUCUGCGAAGAGCAUUCGCUCUCAGUCGACGUCGUCCAUUGCCGCUUCGAAGGCAGGUGCAGCUGCAGCUGAUGCAGCUCCCGAUCCACUGAGUACAGCGUGUUCGCAUUCACAAUCGCAAUCGCAAUCGCAAUCGCAUUCACCGAGUCCCAGGAAUCUGCUGAAAGAUACUAUCGGCCGGCAUUUCUCUCCGGAUACGGUCAAGAGUCGUGUCCAUUUCGGCGGAUUGGGCCUGAUGAAGAGCGACGGGCAUAAAGAAAGUGGUGGGCGAAAAGGCAGUAGCAGUAGUGGUGUUUAUAAAGAGAAAGAAAGGGGUAAGGAUAAAGAUCAGGAAACAGACCAAGCCAAGGACAACGAUGACGGUCAGGGUCAGGGUCAGGGUCAGGCUAGUGCCGCCGGUGGUGUUGGUGAUGGUGAUGGUGAUGGCGCUGUGGAGAGUGACGCGGAAACCACCCGGCGCAUGAGUGUUUUGUCAUUGGGGAAGAAGGUACUUCACCGGUUGAGUUGA